AUGUCUUUCGUGCGGGACGCAGAGAUGCAGCAUCUUGCGCGGAUGCAGCUUGACUACAUCACUGAGAGACUCUCACAGAACCCAGAGGAAGGUGAACCACCCGAUUUUGUCAAGGACGCGUUCGCUAUACAGCGCUACUUGGAACUAGUUGCCUCCGGGGCCGCAGUGUUUGAUGAAGAAGCUGUUAAUGCUCGACUAAACAAAGGCUUCUCUGCCCCCGAGUAUGAUCUCGCAGGGCUUCGCGCUACAUCUCCUUCGGCCAUGGCACCUACUCGCCGGGUCGAUGGACUUGUUACCGCUGCUGCUGGCGCCACGGAUCAACAUGAUUGCCUUGAGGACAUCUAUUCCGAUGACAAUGCUGGUGCUCCUCCCAUGGCCCUCUCGGAGUCGGAGACUGUUCACUCAAACAAUAGCAAGGUCUCAAAGGUCACGGAAACUGCACUUGCUUUCCUCUCCCAACGGGAUGUGGGUCACAUAAUUGAAGCCCGAGCACAGAGUUCCAGUCAGUCAAUCUCCUUCCGAGAGGCAGAACAUGGCACCCCUUUAAAGGACUCGACUACCCGCAAUGUCGAAAGCGUCAGCAUUGAGGCUACAUCUCCACCACCAGCAACCCACCUCCACCACAAUGAGGUUGAUGAGGGCCUCAUUUCUUUUGAUGAGGACCCCACUCCUACCGGCACUACCUCGACUACUAUCGCAGGUGUUGCUCCUCCUACAAGCACUUUUGCCAAGGAGUGGGAAGAGGCCGAGAGUAGCAAAAUCGCGCUCGAUACCUCCCCUACCACCGACCACUCUGUCGAGUCUGAACCCGAACCUCCGGUGAAGACUUCUGAAGUUGUCCCCUUCUCCCCCAGUGGAAUUACUUCAGCUCCCGAUGAUGAGUGCACUAUCCCUGCCAAGCCACAGUGCGCUUCUGUAUCCAUCACCGGUGACAACACACUUAUUACUGUAACCGAUGUCCGCGAGGAUAGCAACGUUGUCAAGUGCUUCAAAUGUGGCAGUGACUCUGUUGAGAAUGCCAUCAUUUGCUUUUGCAAACAUCAGUAUUGUGCUGAUUGUCUCAACGACGUGGUCAAGACUUCGAUUCAUGGGCCGACUCCCUUCCCUCCUGUGUGCUGCGGAAAUCCAAUCCCUGUUGACAUCAACUCUUCUAUCUUCAAUAAGAAGACUUUGUACGAUUUUCUGGGAAAGAAAUUCGGGGCAUAUGAUGUCGGUGAACAGGGUAACAUCGGUGAAUCGGACGAUAAGUCACUUCCCUCUCCCCAUUCUCCCACUUCUCUCCCUUUUACCCCGACUACCCCAUCUGCUCCUUUCACCCCAUCUACCCCAUCCGUUCCCUCUCCCCCCUCGCUCUUGACCGAGGAGAAAACGGAGUACUCCUUCAAUGGAUUUGGUGAAGAAGUCGGCAAUGAAGACACCAAAUGCCACGUGUGCCACAACACUAUUGAGAAAGGCUUGUGUAAGUAA